CUUGAACAAAAGACAUUUAGUCAUCGUCUAAAAGGGGGCAAUAUUGCAACAUGUUCUUCCCCCUGAUGGUGUGUUAAGACUGAUUUGUUAUUGCGACACGGUACACGAAGGGUAAAAACUAUGAAGACAUGCAUGCAGUGGAUAAACCCAAUCUGACUUUUUAGCUCUGCGGUGUAGCCUGAAAGAGUCUGUUUGAAGACCACGGCCAACACGAUUCCGAGAUGGCCAAGGCAGUCGAACACGGGUUGAAGAAGGUCAACGAGAUCUAUGACCAGGGCGAUCUUAUGUGCGAGCUCAGCAGGACGACCAUCUUGACCCGACAGACCAACGAUGACGGCAGCCAAGCCUACGGCAAGAUCAACGUCGUCAAAGGCAUGCAGUGGAACCCCAUCAAGAUACCUUCGGAUGUUCUUCUGGAGAAGUGCAAGCUCCUUGGGUCGGACCAGGUCGUUGGCGUCGUCUCAGGGAAGAAACUGAGCGUUUACGACACACGUGGGCACCAUGUCCGACUGAUAGACGUCCAGAAGAAGGGUCGGGUCAAGACCGUGGAGAACAUCAACGCCAUCGCAGUUAUAACGGACAAGAUCCUUGUUGCGGAAUCGCAGCGUUACAAUAACCUGAUACAUGUUGUGGAUUACAAUUCUGGAGAUGCUGUCAUGUCGCUGACCAUUGAUCAGAAGAUUACCGGAAUUAUUCCCAUUCGGACCGGGCUAGUUCUCGUGAGGUUGAAAGAGAAGAUCCAGGCCGUCGACUACGCGCACUAUCCCCGAGUGGACAUCACCGAGGUCAUCGCCUACGGUCGGACCCUUGUUAACAUGUGUGUGAAAGGUGGCAACGACGAGCUCUACGUCAUGUUCGUCAAGGGAGUUACAUCCAAGGUUCUUGAAAUCCACGUCCUGGAUGACAAAUACCAAGAACUUCACAGAACAAAGAUCACCCACUCCACAUCCAUCUUGAGUUUAAGGGCGGUGUAUACAUCACAAGGACCAGGUUAUCUGGUCAUUCAAAUGGGAUCCACCAUCUUUACUUUCAAAUGCUCAUUUGGUCAUCGGAAAGGACCAGCUAAAGAAAGCGAAUUGAAGAGCCCAACAAAAAAGAAAUUCUACGCAGAGAGGCAGCUGCCGCCUCCUUCAGUCCCGAAGCCCAGUACCGAGAAGGAAAAAUCAGAAGACGCUCAGACCGAAAAGGACAAAGAUGAUGACGAGUUUGCCGAAUCGGCCCCAAAUACUCCGACUGUUAAACAGAAGACGUUGGACCUUGGACCGGUCCUCCUCGAUUCAAACGACCCGAAGUCAGCUGAAAAAGAAAAGAGCAAGUUACUGGGAGAAACUACCAUUGCGUUUGAGAAGACAGAAUCGAGAAGGGACAAACCAAAUUUAGCAGAGAACCGAAAACCGAGCCCUUCAUCACCCAAACCGGUCCGACAGAACAUGCAGAAUGUGACCACGCCACAGGAUAAAACCGAAACGCCAUCUAUACUGCUUACAGGGAGAGAUUCCUUAAAAGGAAAAAUGAGAAAUGCCGCUGAGGGAGGGAACAAACCAGAUCAUGUUCAGCGUGAUUCGAACCAGACCUCCAGGCUACCAGAUGAGGCAAAAAAUACACCAGCCUUUGAGUCCAGCUACAUCGGUGAAGAGGGCGGUGUGAUACAAAGCAACAAAUACGGAUUCUCUCUCAGCAUACCUCCUGGCGCCAUCGCUAAGGGCCAACGCAAAUGGAUAGGUGUAGGACUAUCACGCGAAUCACCCACCACUGGAACAUCAGCGGGAGGAGUCAGUAUCUCGCCCAUGAUCUGCUCCGAGCCGUCGGGGCUAGAACUGGAGAAGCCUGCGCGGAUCAACCUACAGCACUGUCUGAGCUCGUGGUCGAAUGAUACCCACGUCCGCGUCCACGAACUUGCGGGCGACAGCGAUAGACGAGGUGGACCCGGUGGUGGAGAAAAGGAGAAAGAAGCAAAAUGCUCGAUUGGAAAGAAUGGUGAGUUAACGCUGGAUGUGACGCGACUUGGACGGUAUUCGUUGACAGUGAUGGGCAGUGAGGUUUACAAGAAGCUCGUCUGUCGUCCCUUCAUUCCCAAGAGAAUGCCGACCACGAAGAAACCCAUCAUCAACGUUCUGAUCUAUGACCUCACAGACGGAAUGAAGAAGAUGAUGAUGGAGGAGAUAGAGAAGGAGUCUCCCUACCCAGUCAUCCCAGCGCACAUAGGAAAGAACUUCAUAUUCAAUCUAAACGGACAAGACGCGCCAGAGAUUCAACUCACCUGUCACGCAGUUGGGUACAUGGAGGUGAAAUCGCUGUCGGCAAGUGAGCUGAUUGAGUUUAAGUCCAAUUCAGUGGACUUUCAGGUCGACUGCAGCAAUGGACGAGCACAAGACAUCACUAUAGAGCUUUGUUUUGGCAACAAGAAAAUUGACAUGAUAUGUCAUGUAGAUAUUCCCUGCGGCGCUCAAGAUCAACAUAGCGCACCACCGCGAUAUCAGUCAACAGAGAAUGUCUAUUCUAGCCCAAGCAAACCUUUGCCACCAGCGGACGUCGGCCACCAAACUGAUGUCCCAUCCCAGGUCAUUCACGAUAUCGCUAGCGAGGUACCACAUAACUACUACAUUCCUUUAGGCCUCAAGCUCGGUCUGGAGAAGGCCAAACUGGACUCCAUAUUGGUAAGCUGUGCCAACGAUUCCGAGGAAGCCACCUACAGGGCUUUGGAAGCUUGGAAGAACAGAAUCGGAGUGGACAAUCGAGAGAGAUUGAGAGAUAUUCUGGUGGCGUCGGAUUUGAGGAGGAUCGCGGAGAAGUUCCUAAAUUGAACAAACUAAGUAAUUAAAGAUUGGUGGAGAGACAUUCUAGUUCUGAGUAUUUGAAGGGGGUCGUAGAAAAUCUUGAAAUGGACAUGGUCAGUCUUUCAAGAAAAGUCGAAGCCACCUACCGGGCACUGGAAGCUUGGAAGAAUAGGAUCGGGUGGACAAUCGAGAGAGGUUGAGAGCUAUUCUGGGGGCGUCGGAUUUGAGGAGGAUCGCGGAGAAGUUCCUAAAUUGAACAAACUAAGUAAUCAAAGAUUGGUGGAGAGACAUUAUAGUUCUGAGUAUUUGAAGGGGGUCGUAGAAAAUCUUGAAAUGGACAUGGUCAGUCUUUCAAGAAAAGUCGAAGCCACCUACCGGGCACUGGAAGCUUGGAAGAAUAGGAUCGGGGUGGACAAUCGAGAGAGGUUGAGAGAUAUUCUGGUGGCGUCGGAUUUGAGGAGGAUCGCGGAGAAGUUCCUAAAUUGAAUAAACUAAGUAAUUAAAGAUUGAUGGAGAGACAUUCUAGUUCUGAGUAUUUAAAAGGGGUCGUAGAAAAUCCUGAAAUGAACAUGCUAAGUCAUUCAAGAAAAGUCGAAGCUACCCGCAGAUCUCUGGAAGCUUGGAAGAACAGAAUCGGGGUUGACAAUCAAGAGAGUUUGAGCGGUAUUCUGGUGCUGCGGAUUUGAACAAGUCAUCAAAGAGACGUUCAAAGACAUUCUAGUUCCUGUGGAUUUAAAGAGGCCUGUAUGUGAGUUUUUGAACAGAACCUCUGAAAUCAUAGAAGAUUAAUUGACAAGGAUCGUGGUGAAGUUAUCAAAUUAAACAAACUUAGCCAUUCAUGAGUUCACAGACAUUCUUUGGGCUGCGGGUUUGAAAAGGAUAGCAGAGAAGUUCCUGAAGAGAAGAUUUCGACUUGAGGAAGAACAAUGCACAUUACCGUGGAAGGCAAUGACAUUUGAAAGGGUCUUUGAGUGGAUGACUGUGACAAAUCUAGGAUAUAUUUUUAAAAACUACAGUCAUUUUAGAGGGUAGUAGAAGAAUUUUUGAACUUGGCCUCUUGACUCUUGAGCCAACAAAAUUAUUAUCAUCGUCUUAGUGGGCAAUUGCCGUUUCCUAUUACAUUUAAAUCCUUUGGCUUUCAUGGCUUUGGACAAAUGACGGUCUAUGCAAAAUACCUAUCUAUGAUAAUGGAAAAAUCUAUGCAAAUAUGCAAUCGUAAACUGGUAAACGGACUAUGUUGCUGUAGUAACGAACAUUUUUAUUUAAAAUGAUUAAGUAGAUUUCUAAAUAGAAUUUCUUGCCGUUUCGGAUCAACAAUUUUUUUCUGAAUUUUUGAUUGUGAUUCAAAGGCCCCUUCACCCUCAUCAUCGAAUGGAAGAGCCACUCUAGGAUUGAGCCGGCAAAAGAAGUAAUAUGCAUUUGUGAGACUCGCCAGCAUGACCAGAGACAAUAUUGGUGUGUGCAGUUAUUCUGAAUAAUUGUUGUUUUAAUGACCAUGAGGAAUAAAAGCAUAAUUAUGCAUACUGAUGGAUAUGUAGAUUUGUCUGUCUAGAUAGCAAAUGAAAAUCCAGCUCAAUUUGAAAUUUGAACAGGUGGGCGUUUCAUAAAGCUGUUCGUAAGUUAAGAGCGACUUUAAGAACGACUGAUGACCCUUUCUUAGCGCUUAACCAUCGCCAGUGAAGAUACCAUUUACCACAAGAAAGGAUCACUAGUCAUUCUUAAAGUCGCUCUUAAAUUAGGAACAGCUUUAUGAAACACCCACCUGAUUCAAUUGCUGGCAUAUCGUAGUGAUUUGUCUGUAUGGCGUUUGUUGCGGCAUUUUGUCUUUUGCAGAGUUCCAAUUUGCCCUAAUUUGUCAUUUAUACAUGUUCACGACAUUUCUGGCUUGGUGUUUGUGCCUUGUUAUCCAGUUGUAAAUCAUGUAUCAUUAACGUACUGACUGGCUGCAUUUCAAAGAGAUUGGAUUUGCGAAAUCUGCAAUGUGUAUAUCUGCAUAUUUUGUUCAUAUCGUUUGUUGGUGUGUGUGCAAUCGAACAUCAUUUUUGUGUUCAGAAUUAUUGAAUUGUUGUUGUAUAAAAAUACUCAGAUAUGCUUUAUGAGGAAUCGAUGUGUUUAAUCAAGGAUAGUUUUCGGCUUUCUAUAUUAUCAUUUGACAGUCGGAGUAAGAACCAGAUGAACGUGCAAUUAAAGUGUGAAUGAUUUUAGAAGAGUGGAUAUGAGUGAAAUUUCAUUUCAGAGAGCACAUUAUAGAGACCUCAUACUCUUUUCUGUUCUUGUUAGUUGCUGAAGUCAGUGAUUCUGGGGGAAAACACCAUCUUCGACAUGUAGCAAGUUUGAGGGAUAGCCCAAUGUUGGAGCGAUAACAAAACAUGAAGUCAAUCAUGUUGACUCAUGGAGAAGACAUAAUGAGGUUUUAGAUUUGAUUUGAAUAUUAUUGAAAACUGCCUGUAACUUCUUUUUAAUGAAAUGGGUACUGCUGCAGGUUUCCAAUAUCUUAUCGAGGUUUAAUUAUGAUUUGCCCAAAACCUGUAAAUGUAUCAAUUGCUGCAUUGUUUUGUUUUUUAUAUCAAAUGCUGUAAUAAAACUACAUUGAUCAUUGA